AUGGCGUCGAUGUUGCCGACGAGCAAGCAUCUUCUCCUAAUCUGUUACGUUUCUCUUCUAUGUUCUGUAUCAUUGUCGUCAUCAUCAUCUGAUCUCUCUGGUGUAUCUCUACCAUCUUCGUCGAAAGUCUCGCUGAGCCUGUACUAUGAGUCGCUCUGUCCAGCCUGUUCUUCAUUCAUAGUUGACAACCUCGUGAAGCUCUUUGAAGAUGAUCUCAUAUCCAUCGUUGAUCUCCACCUAUCUCCAUGGGGAAACACCUACCUCCGUCCAGACAAUGUCACUGCCCUUUGCCAGCACGGGGAAGUUGAAUGCCUUUUGGAUACGGUGGAAGCUUGUGCAAUUGAUUCUUGGCCGAAACUGAGCGAUCAUUUCCCUUUCAUCUACUGUGUUGAGAGUUUGGUGACAGAACACAAGUAUGAGAAGUGGGAGACUUGUUAUGAGAAGCUCAAUAUGAGCUCAAAGCCUGUUGCUGAUUGCCUCAGCAGUGGACAUGGACAAGAGCUUGAGUUGCGGUAUGCUGCAGAAACUAGUGCACUUCAGCCGCCUCAUGAAUAUGUGCCAUGGGUAGUCGUUGAUGGUCAGCCACUUUAUGAGGACUAUGAAAAUUUCAUAAGCUACAUCUGCAAGGCUUACAAAGGUAAUAAAGUGCCAGCUGCUUGUGCCAAAUAUUUAUCCGCCGAUUUCGUUGGCAGAAUCAAAGUGAAUCGCUUCCCUCUGGUUUGCAUGAAAGGAGUCAAUACGAUUUGGGAUUUGUUGAAACGUAUUAAAACCUCUUUAUCGUCGUACGUCAACAUCACAGGCCUGCUAUAA